AUGGCUAAUGUUGAUCAAGAUUCUAAUUUGGAUGGUGCAACAGAAGGUAGUUCUAAUGCAAAUGCACCCUUGAAAAGAAACUCGGAUGAUCCAGGAUGGAAUUGUGGCACACUGUGUGAUCCUCUAAAUAAAGAUGCAAUCAAAUGCAAGCUUUGUGGAUUUAUAUGUAAAGCUGGAAUCACUAGGCUAAAGUACCAUGUUUCAGGACUAAAAGGAAAUGGUGUAGCCAUAUGUAAGAAUGCAAGCAAAGAAGAUAAAGCUGUGUGUGUUGCUUUACUUGAGAACCCAAAAGAGGAUAAGAUAGCAAAAAGAAAACGAGAAGAAGAAAUGAGGGCAGAGGUUGAAAUUGAAGUAGAAGAUAAUGAGUUUUAUGCAGGGUCCAAGAAAAAAAGGCGAAGCAAUUUGCGUCCGUUGGACAAGUUUACAAAUCCUAUCAACCCCGAAGGUGUUCCUUUUCAUUCGAUUGAUAACGAUGCUUUUGAGAAGUUUGUUGAAGCAGUUGGGCAAUAUGGUCGAGUUCUUAUGAUCCAGGUACUUGAAAUUGAAGUGCUUUUGAAGGGUUUAAUUCCGAACUCAUCAACAAAUGGGAAAGAAAUAAUAACCAAAAUAUAGAUGUAUUGCGUUCUCCUGAUGCUAGUAAGGCGCAAUCGUGGAUUGUUGCUAUUAAUGAUGACGAUGAUGAAAUGGAAGAUGGUGAGGGUUUGGAGGUUAGUGGAGAAGCAAUUGAUAAUGCAAACUAAGAGGCUAGAGAAGUCCAUGAUGAUGAUUUUGUGUCGGAUGAAGAACAAGUGGAAUGUGAAGAAGAUUUUGAAUUUAAUUCUGAUGAAGAAGGUUUUGUGGAUAGAAAUGGAGACAGUUACUAAUCUAAGGAUGUAACAUGCUUUUGUAAUGCUCACCGACGUUUUGAAAACUGACACUUUUGUAAACUCUUAGUAUAAUUGUCAAUCGGUGACUAUAUAUAUGUUAGAUAAAAUGUAUAUUGACAUGUGAAAACAUUGGGGUUUUUUGUUAAUAUAUGGGUUUUUAUAUUA